AUGGCCGACGCCGCGCAACAACCAACCGCUCCCGCGGAGCCCACUAACGGCGUUGCCCCCGCGGCGACCAAGGCUGCUGAGCCUCCCGUAGGUGCCGUCGUUGUCGAAGCUCACCUCGUCGAUACUCACCAGCCCCUCCUGAGAUGCUUGAGAGGCAUCCUUCUCAACCCCACAUUAUGGGUCUCGAGCACUACCAGAGGCUGUACAAUGAGUCUAUCCACCGUCCAGGCCGGAACCCUCGCCGGUGGCGACUGCGCCUGGUUCGUAGAAGGCCAGCUCAACGCUUCCUACAACUGUGUCGAUCGUCACGCCUUCGCGGACCCCAAUAGACCCGCUAUCAUCUAUGAAGCCGACGAGCCUGGUGAUGGCCGCAUCGUCACCUUUGGUGAGCUCCUUCGUCAGGUCUCCAAGACUGCUUGGGUGCUCAAGCAGAUGGGCGUCCGCAAGGGCGACACCGUUGCCAUCUACUUGCCCAUGAUUCCCGAAGCCGUUGUCGCCCUGCUUGCUUGCGUUCGUAUCGGCGCCGUCCACUCGGUCGUCUUCGCUGGUUUCUCCGCCGACUCCCUUCGCGACCGUAUUGUCGACGGUAACUCCAAGGUCGUCAUCACCACGGACGAGGGUCGGCGAGGCGGCAAGCUUAUCGGUACCAAGAAGAUUGUCGACGAUGCCUUGAAGCAGUGCCCCGAUGUCAAGAACGUGCUCGUCUACAAGCGCACCGGUGCCGAGAUCCCCUGGUCCGAGGGCCGCGAUUUUUGGUGGCACGAGGAGGCCGAGAAGUGGCCCGCGUACCUCUCUCCCGAGGACGUCAACUCGGAGGACCCCAUGUUCCUUCUCUACACUUCGGGAUCCACCGGCAAGCCCAAGGGCGUCAUGCACACCACCGGAGGUUAUCUCACUGGCGCCGCCGCUACUGGCAAGUACGUGUUCGACCUCCACCCCGGCGACGUCCAUUUCUGUGGUGGCGAUGUCGGUUGGAUCACUGGCCACACCUACGUCGUAUACGCGCCCCUAUUGCUGGGUGUGACUACGGUCGUAUUUGAGGGUACUCCCGCGUACCCCAACUUCUCCAGAUACUGGGAUAUCAUUGAUCAGCACAAGGUCUCGCACUUCUACGUCGCUCCUACUGCGCUCCGUCUCCUCAAGCGCGCCGGCGACGAGCACGUCCGCAACGAGAUGGCCAACCUCCGCGUCCUCGGCAGCGUCGGCGAGCCUAUUGCCGCCGAAGUAUCAUCGACACAUACUGGCAAACUGAGACGGGUUCCACGUCAUCGCCCCGUUGGCGAGCGUCACCCCACAAAGCCCGGCAGUGCUUCUCUUCCCUUCUUCGGUAUCGAGCCCGCCAUUAUCGACCCCGUGAGCGGCGAGGAGAUCCAGGGCAACGAUGUGGAGGGUGUCCUUGCCUUCAAGCAGUCCUGGCCUAGCAUGGCCCGCACCGUCUAUGGUGCUCAUAAGCGAUAUAUGGAAACCUACUUUGACGUCUACAAGGGCUACUACUUUACUGGUGACGGUGCUGGCCGCGACCACGAAGGUUUCUACUGGAUUCGCGGGCGUGUCGAUGACGUCGUCAACGUUAGCGGCCAUCGUCUAUCGACUGCCGAAAUCGAGGCUGCUCUCAUUGAGCAUCACAACGUCGCUGAGGCUGCCGUCGUCGGUGUCCAAGAUGAGCUGACUGGACAGGCCGUCAACGCCUUUGUCGCCGUCAAGGAGGUAACCGACGUUUCAGACGCCCUCCGCAAGGAGUUUAUCAUGCAAGUGCGAAGGAGCAUCGGUCCUUUUGCGGCUCCCAAGGCGGUGUACAUUGUUCCCGACCUUCCCAAGACCCGAUCUGGCAAGAUCAUGCGCCGCAUCUUGAGGAAGAUCCUCGCUGGCGAGGAAGACCAGUUGGGCGACAUCACCACGCUGUCCGACCCCAGCAUUGUGCCCAAGAUUAUCGAUAUUGUACACGAGUCCCGCAGGAAGUAA